AUGAAAACAAAGCCGAAACACUCGAAAGAGGAGUCCGCGUCGCCCUACUUUGGCGCCACGUCUGUCCCGCUGCACAGUAGAGAUGAGGCGCCAUCGAAGCGACGCACGAACAGCACGCCGAGAAGCCCGCAACUGAAGCGCAGCUCGUCGAAAUCGGGUCGACUCGCUGUCGAUGCCAAAGCCACCACUAAGGUGAAUGCUGCAUGCGGGAGGGCUCGACAACGUCCGAAUCAAAACUCCGGCAAACUGGAUGCUCGCAAGAAGUCUGCAUCAUCGUCGUCCCGUCGUGAAAGCGGAAAAGUGGCCACGGCGCUGCGAAGGUCACGACCACAAGAAGCGCCCGUCAACAGCGAUGACGACGCUCCAAGCUCGACAGGCCAGUUAUAUGAGUCUAUCGGCGCCAGUCCGUCUGCGGUUGCACUGCAAUCCCAGACGAGCGACGGCGAAUACUUCUUGCCAGACUGGAGCGUCAGCAGCGAAGCGCCACCGGCGAUCCAUCGGACAGGCUUUCCUCUGAACCGCCCCUCCAGUGAGCUCCGCCGUAACUUGCUUAAUGCCAACAGCAGCAGUGAUGCCGUGCCGCACACGACGGACCGGACUCUUCGAGAGCAUAUGGAUAUGAGCAGCAGCUGGACACCGCAGUCGCAGAAGCCGCUCCUUUGGGGCAUCAGCCCCAAAGCUGCCCCGAAGCACCCGAAAGACAGCAGUGCGACCCCCAGCACAGUCCGCUGCUACUCACAGUACCACAUGGCAAGCAGUACCUCUUCCUCGCUCCUAUUCGGUGCGCCCUAUCAGGUUCAGCAGCAGCGCAAGGCGGCGCGCACGGCACCAUCAGAUCUCAACCCCGAAAACUUCUAUCCCCCGAUCCUCAUGAGGCCGCCCAGCGAUCGUCACCAGCGCACGGAGGACAGCUGCAACGCUUCGCGACAGCUGCGAAGUCGAUUCGACGUAGCGAACGGCGAUGUUGCCGCCACAAGUGGCAAGCGGGGAGACUUCUUGAAGCUCUGUGGUGGCAGCAUCACAUGGCUCAAUGACAGCCGCGCAGAUGACAUCUCGCCUCUCGCUGCGCAGCGAAGCUCUCGAGCUGUCGACGCGGGCUCCCUUGGAACGCUAUCGUCUGCCUUCUUCUCGACUACCUCUCGGUCACCGCCACAGUCGCUCUUCCGGGUGCCCAUGAGCAUGAGUCCCUGCGCCACCCCCCGCAACACCAGAAACGGCUUUGACAGGGGAUCGGUCGUGUGGAAAUUCGUGUACGGAACCGACAAGGAUGGUGACGACGAAGAGAGCCCGCUCGCGUCUGGGAGACACUGGACGGGUGCCGCUGGUCGGCGUGGCACAGGUGGCCUCUAUCAGAGCCCCUUUCACUCCGCAACAGGACCCCUGCCUCUCUCUGAAAGCGACCCGAACGGCGGCGAGGCAGGUGCUGAUGAGAGGCCGGCACAGCGCCAUGGAAACGUCAGCUCUUUGUACGGCUGCAUGCUUGAUGGUGCCGCCCUGGUGUCGAGCUCCUCGUCGGACGAUGGGGUCGGCGCUGACGAAGACCACGACUAUCGGAUAUCAUCGAGCACGCGCCCGGGCCAGCGCUGCACGCUCGAGAGCAAACGUGCGAUGAGUGUGCUCGCGUGGAUGAUGAAGACCGGCAAGAGCCGGCUGUGCGGUAAAGGGGGCGGCACUCGCGGGGGCAGCGACAACGACGAUGAAGACAGCGAAGACGCCGAGCGCCGACAGAGAUUUUCCCCCACCAGCGCAUCAAAGCGAGAAGGCUGCGGUGCGACGGCACAUCGCAGCGAUGUCGACUCGCACAGGAGCGAGGUGGUGGUGCGGAACGACACGGGCAGCGAUGAGAGUGCGGACGCGGAGGGAGACAGCGAAGGCAAUCCGACCUCGCCGUCGCGGCAGACGGUCUUGCAACGUAUUCUGUCGGGCAUGGGGAAACCCUCCGACCCCAAAGAGGUUGACGAAGAGGUGGCCGUGCAGGAAGAACGAUCUACUCCGCGCAUUGCACCUUCGUUGCCGUCUAGAAGUGGUGCCGGCAGAGGCAGCAGGAACGCGCACCAAAGGGUGAUCCCCGCAGUCGCAGACUGCAAGAGACCCGUUUCCGUUCACUAUUACGGGUCGCCGCGUGCAAACAUGACGCCGCCAGCCGGCUAUCAAGGUUGGUGCGCCGGGUACGGCGCACAAGCGGCCGCCUAUCUGCACAGCCGUUGCAUUUAUCAACCGCUAAGUCGGUCACCGUCGCCGCAAAACGAGAAUGGCUGGAACGCGCAGCUAGCCGAAUUCAUAUCACCAUCCACUCAUAUCGGCUGCGGCGCAUACGCGAGUCCAGCUCCACACACCGUUCCGGUGGCGUGCAGAUCUUUACCUCUGAUGUUCCGGCAGACGGUGACAACCAUGGCGGUGCACGAACUGCUGGGCCUUGACCCCGAGGCCGAAAUCAUUUUUGUGAAGUCACCCGUCUGGAAACACUUGCCUCGCUAG